GCCAAGUGUAAAGGCAAGUUGGCAUUCCACAGCGAGGAGAGGAGAAGCAGGUUAGCGUUAUCUGAAGGAGACAUAGCAGCAGGGAUGCGCGGUCUGCGCAUAGCACCCGCCACUUUGGCCGCACAAUCUUUUCUGAGCAGAGCCGUUAAGUCCUUUAUACUUCCUCGCUCAAUUCCCAUUCAUAUAACCAACACCUUCUCCUACAACUCUAAGCUUUUUCUCCGACCACCUCUCAGUCCUUCAGCUUCUGGAAUAUGCAGUGCAGCACAGGACAUAAAGGGUGAAUACGCAGUAUCAGACAAGGAUACGAUUGAAGAUGUCAAGCGCAUCAUUGAAAUGGCAGAGCGAGCAUCAUCAAGGAGAGAAGUUUUGCAUACUGAUUUUCUUACACCACUUGUACUAAAGGAGUCAAUGUUAGCAUUAGAAAAGUUAGCCAAUGUUAAAACAGUUGCUCAGGGAGGGUACCCAGAGGCUGAACGUUGCAGACUAUCAGUUGGACAUCCAGAGGUGUUGACAACUGAUCCAGAUAUUGUUUCUGCCCUAAGUAUUUCGGGGAACUUCUCCUUUCAGCCCUGUUCCCAUGGUGAUUUCCUUGGAGCAAUCCUUGGUACAGGGAUUUCCAGAAAUAAGUUGGGAGAUAUUAUCUUGCAGGGGGAAAAGGGAGGACAAGUUCUUGUUGUUCCUGAACUAGCUGACUUCCUCACAUCGACAUUGGACAAGGUUGGAAAUGUUACUGUUUCAUGUAAAAAGAUUCCAUUGCUCGCGCUUGAAUAUGAACCGCCAAGGACCAAGUUGCUAAAGACAGUAGAAGCAUCAUUGAGACUUGAUGCAAUAGCAAGUGCAGGGUUCAAACUUUCACGAACCAAGAUGGCAGGGCUCAUUAGUAAUGGAGAUGUGCGCAUCAAUUGGACUACUGUCACAAAAAGCAAUACUACCGUCAAGACUGGAGACUUGAUAUCUGUUAGCGGAAAAGGAAGGCUAAAGAUAGGGGAAAUAAAUUCAACUAGGAAGGGGAAGUUCGCAGUUGAGCUGAUCCGAUACAUAUGACUCGUGAAGUUAUAGCACCGUGUGACAUUAAUAGUUUUUUACACCUGAAAAGUUGCACAGGUACUGAAUACAUUGGUUUAUUUGAAUCAAUGGGAUGAACAGAUUUUGAAGAUGAUCAAUUUGAUUUUAUAUAUACUUGUUACCCUCUUUGACUCUUUGUUACCCUCCUCUGUGACUGUGAUCAAUGAUACAUUAAUAAAAGAAACAUUCUGUUAUUUUUCCAAUUUCAA